CCUACACCGAGAUCAGACGAACCGUCUGACUUGUCUGGAGUUAGACUAACCACCACCCGAUUCUCUCGUUUCUUUUCCACCCCCUGCCGCUCUAUCAUCAGUCUUUUCUUCCUCAAUUGUCUUCGGCUUCCGCGGCAUAUCCUUGAAUAUACUUGCAUUCCCACCUCAGCUACUACUGCUCCUCCUAUAUCCUCUUAUCCCGGAGUAUCUAUUACUAUCGUUUCCGCCUAGUUCUAUCCCACCCUCAAUCCGUUCCUGGUAUACACCCACCACAAUCAAAAGAAUAUGUUGACCUCCUCGUCAACCGACUCCUCUCGCUCCUCCUUCUCCGGCAGCCCCGUCUCGCAACACCCUCCACACCAUCAAGUAUGGUUUCCUCCUGCUCCCCGCCGCCGUCCGCAACACUACAAGAUCCCCCGCUACUACUCGACGCCCGUGAGGGAAGAUGCCCCAGACUCGACCCCUCUACAAAUGUACGGAUUGGAGGAGCGCGCGCCAUCUAUUGCUGAGAAGCCAAAGCUUCUGCGCCGCUUUUCCCACGCCCUCGACGACAUCAAGGAAGACUUGACCCUCCAACCCAGCAGCGAGAAGAUCCGAAGCAAGCGUCGCCAGUCCAUCUUCGGGAUAGAUGAAAUCGCCGGAUCAAGCGGAUCGAUCUCCUCACCUUCUAUGGAUGUGCCUGUGGCGGCCGAACCGCAGCCCCCGAGGCCCCGUCCCCUCUCGAUAUUCGCCUCUGAGCCCUCCAGGAGGCUCAGUCGGCGGUUUUCCAUCUUCGGAUCGAGACGGUCGAAGAAGUUGACGCCCGGUCAGGCCGGGAGUAUCUCGCAGCCCAAUUUGAUUGGGGCAUCGACUCAAAUAUAAUCUCAUCAUCGACUCUCGAUAUUGCAUCAUUGUCACCAUCUCUAUCGCCAUUAUCCUAAUUGAUCGACACGACGAGAGUUAAUACACAUAGACGCCGACAGCCGCCCCCGCACAUACAUCACCACAAGUACCAACAUAACCGACCCAUCCCAACCCAAGCAUGCAACCCACGAACCCAAAACCGCAUCUUUAUAAUCGGAGUUCAGCACGGCGCGGC